AUGGACUUUCUCACCAAGGCCAUUGGCACCGUCUCGUCGUACGGCUCCAAGCUGCCGUUUGUGCUGGGCGACGCGACGCAAAAGGCCAGCGAGGGCAGAUCGCUAUGGACGGUAUAUGAUGCGACCCUCAAGUCCAAUUCUUCCGACUGCACCGUGUUUGAAUUUGUCGCUGACCAGACAUAUCCUCGUGACCGCAUUGUUGUUGUCAAACACUUCGCACGGUCGCUCAAAACUUAUCGUUUUCCGGGUAUUCUCAAGGUCCACGACACGGUUGAAACAGACACUUCGGUACACGUUGUGACUGAAAGAUGCAGAUCUCUGGCACAGGUGAUCCGAGACUCCAAGGACGAGCUAUCGGCCGACCGAAUUUUGUGGGGACUCUACUUUGUGACCGAAACGCUCAAACAAAUCAACGCAGAAGGAGCUUCAACUCACGGCAACAUCUCUCUCGACUCCAUCUUCAUCACAGCUUCUGGAGAAUGGAAGGUGGGGGGUCUGGAACUUAUCACCGCCCAGAAAGACGCUCAGAGUGCUCUGGCUUCAUUUGGACCUCUUCUUCCUAACUCCUCAAACAAUGCCCCUCCUGAAAUCAAGAACCAAGGAUACCAGUCUGCCCAGAGCGCAGCCUCCAAGCUGGCCAUUGAUUCCUGGCAGUUUGGAAACCUGCUGCAGUCUCUCUACACAGCUGUGGGUGUGGAUAUGCCUGCUGGAAUGCCCGCCAUGGUAUCUCAGAUGACCAGCGUCAAGCCUGAGAAGCGACCUCGUAUCCCCAAGUUCCUGGAACAGGCGCAGGUCUCGUUUUUCGGCGACCAUGACAUGAUUUCCGUGUCCCAGGACAUCUCUCAGUUCCAUAUCAUUUCCGAACCCAUGGAGCGACGCCAUGUGCUGGAAACACUUACAAAAUUUAGGCAGGCGUUCCCCCCUGCAUACCUGGCUUCCAGCGUUAUCCCCGAGCUCCUUAGAGCUCUGACUCCACCUACACCGUCGUCAUCUCAGAUCAACUUGUCCAACGACCCCGGUGUCUUCCAAUCUGACUCAGAGAGACCCCAGAUUCUCGUAUGCAUCUUGGCCCUGGCUGAGGGACUGUCUUCCAAGGACUAUGCAACUCUGGUGAUCCCCACCAUCGCCAAGAUGUACACUUGUCCCGAUAGACCUAUUCGAAUGGCUCUUCUGGAGGCCCUGCCUUCUUAUGCCCCCCAUGUGUCCGAGAAGGUGGCCUCUGAUCAGAUUUUCCCUCAGUUUAUCACCGGUUUCUCCGAUACAUCCCCUCUCAUUCGAGAGUCCACUGUAAAGGCUGUGUUGCCGCUGAUUCCUCAUCUUAAUUCCCGAAUCAAAAACAACGAUCUUCUGCGCUACCUCGCCAAGACUCACAACGACAAGGAGCCCGGUAUUCGAACGAACACCACCGUCAUUCUCGGCAAGAUUGCUGACGAGCUGUCUUCCUCUGCACGAACAGGUAUUCUGGUGACUGCGUUUGGUCGAGCUCUCAAGGACCCCUUCGUACACACACGAAACGCUGCUCUUUUGGCAUUGGCCUCCAACAUGGACAUUUUCGAUGCGUCCUCCAUCGUCAACAAGGUGCUGCCUGCCAUUGCUCCUAGUCUCAUUGACAACGAUCCUGCUAUUCGCGCUCAAGCGAAAUUGACCUUUGACGAGUUUCUGGCUGAAGUUGUCAAGCAUACCUAUAAUCUGGAUGAUGAUACCGAGAUCACUGAGCCUCCUCAGUCGUCAGUUACACUCUUGGCCACCAAACAGAAGGAGAAGGAUGCAUCCAAGACCGAGGCAGGCUCUGCGUGGUCUCUUUCGUGGUCCUCUCCUUUCACAUUUGGUACUAAAACCCAAUCCACAUCUUCCUCCACUGCCGGAACUCCCGUGGUGGCUCAAGGCACCAUCUCUCGACAGGAGUCCCCUGCUCCUAUUGUUGACGAAGUUGAUUCACUGGCUUCCGCAGCCCGAACCAUGUCCAUCAAGCCCAAGAGCGGUCUCUCUCUCGGCUCCACCAAGCCCAAGCUUGCUGCUAGUGGCCUAGGUAUCAAAAGUACUCUUGCUACAAAGAAACCAGCUGCUCCUCCUACCCUGCAAGACAACGACGGCUGGGGUCUGGAUGACAACUGGGACGAUGGAUCUGACGGCGAGGUGGUCAUCAAGGAGGCCCCCAAAACUAAGCCUGCUCCCAAGACCAAGAAGCCUGCCAAACUGGAUCUGGAUGACGAUGAAGAUGGAGAUGAUGAUGGCUGGGACAAUUGGUAG